AGAGGCAAGACUAAAAUCUCACUGGAGAGACUAAAAAUGGAGAAGGUGGAGAGUGGCUCCCUUGUGUUAGAGAAUGAACAGCGACAGCGGUACGAGAAAUGUCUUGAUGAGAUAUCCAAUCAGGUGGUCCAGGCCCAGUAG